AUGGGUCAGAAUAUCUGUGGAUGCGUUAAAGCUGACAGCGGAGACGAUUCUAGUAGCGUGUACGGAGCGCUCCAACGUACACCUGCACGAUCGACCGCGAAUUCGCGAGAUUGUUUAACUCCACCAGUCGGUUCAACUGAUGGAGACGGAUCUGCUAGAAGAGAUGGAGUGAAGAAAAGGACAUUUUGGAAUUGGAGGAAAGGUCGAAAAGCAGGUCAGAGUGCUAAUGAAGUAGCUGUUGUGCCCGCUGACAACAGUACCGAAGCUUUCGGUGUUUCUGGAAUAUUAUUUGAUUUAAUUGAUCACUUGGGUUUGAUAUCUUCUACAGGUGAGACUUCAGGACAGCAGGUCAGUGUCGAGGUCCACCUCAAUCAGGAAACUCUUGUCAGUGAGCCUGAUGGAGAUGGAAGCGGUAAGAGAGAUGAAGUGAAGAAGAAGAAGAAGAGAUUUUGGAAGUGGAGAAAAGGUCGGGAAGCUACUGAAGUAGCUGUUGUGCCCGCUGACAACAGUACCGAAGGUGAGACUUCAGGACAGCAGGUCAGUGUCGAGGUCCACCUCAAUCAGGAAACUCUUGUCAGUGAGCCUGAUGGAGAUGGAAGCGGUAAGAGAGAUGAAGUGAAGAAGAAGAAGAAGAGAUUUUGGAAGUGGAGAAAAGGUCGGGAAGCUACUGAAGUAGCUGUUGUGCCCGCUGACAACAGUACCGAAGAUGAGAUUUCAGUACAGCAGGUCAAUGUAGCGGUCCUACCAUCUCUAGACCGCUCCAUGUCCAACUCCAGUGAGGACAGCUUCCACACGCCAGCUCUUUCUGUGGCUGACUUGCUUGUCGGCAACCGUCAGUCUCCGGUCCGGUCUGUGUCUGACUCGAGUGAGGACAGCUUCCACACGCCAGCUCUUUCUCUGGCUGACUUGCUUGUCGGCAACGGUCAGUCUCCGGUCCGAUCCGUGUCCGACUCGAGCGAGGACAGCUCCCACACACCAGCCCUUACUUUGACUGAUUUGCUUCUCGGCAUCGCCCGGCCUCCAUGCCAUACGUGGUCCAACCUAAGUAUUGACAGCAUCCAGACUCCAGUGCGGUCGGGGUCCAACUUAAGUGAUAAUAUCUCCCAACCUUCAGUCAGUUUGAGGACGUUGGUCGCGGAUGAUGACUUGAGUGUGGACAUUGGGACUUUCAAUCUUUUAACAGAUGUAGAAGAAGUAAACUCCUGCCAGUAUGAAAUCGGCAAAAUGCUGGGCGAAGGAGCUUAUGGAGCUGUCUAUGAUGGGACCCGUGUGAAAGAUGGCUUGAAGGUGGCAGUGAAAUUUGUCAAGAAGUAUACAGACAUUGAUUAUAUCAGCAUUCCCUGUCAUCCUGAACCUCUUCCACGGGAGAUCGCUCUUCUGAUCCUCGCGACUAACGGAACCCCAGUUCCUGAAAUCAUCCAGCUUCUGGACUGGGAGGACAAAUCUGACCACUAUGUCAUGGUCCUAGAAUGUCCUUCUCCAUGCCAGGAUUUGCAUUCCUUUGUUUAUAGCAGAGGAGGAACAGUCACAGAGGAUUUGGCACAGAUUAUCAUGUGGCAGGCAUCUAAAGCUGCAUAUGUAUGCUGCGAGCGUGGCGUUUUCCACCGGGACAUAAAACCGACUAACUUACUCAUCAAAACAGACACGCUAGAUGUCAAACUCAUCGACUUUGGGUGCGGAGACAUUUUUAAGAAAUCGGCAUACAAGAAGUACAAAGGCACAUGGGACUACCGCUGCCCUGAAUCCUUCGACAAUUUCAAGUACCACGCAGAGCCAGCGACAGUGUGGUCACUUGGGGUGACGUUGUUUGCGAUGGUUUGCGGGGCUUUUCCAAGGCACCACACCCUGUGCGAGAUGAAAAAGAAUCAGUGGUCCAGAAAUGGCUUGUCCCAAGAACUCUGCAGCUUGAUCCAGUCGUGUCUGCAGGAGGAUCCAGACCAACGUAUUCGUCUGAAAGAUGUUCUUCUCCACGAGUGGUUUCGGAUCAAUAUAUAG